CGCCGGAGGACCCACAGCCGGUACCCUCAUCCUGCCUCGCUGAUGCUGCGGGAAAGCCCAGAGAUCAGCGGUCAAGUGCAUCCAGUCCAGGCUUCACUGGGGACUUUCCUAUCUCAUAGCUCCUCCUGGGGGUAGGGACCAGCUCGUUGGAACCCCAAAGCCCUGUAGACAAAUGGCUGCUGGAACAUCCACCUUGCUUAGCCUGUCAGGCCCUACUGAUCACAUGGCUGAGGGCAAACGAGCUUCUCUGAGGCCUUCAGUUGAAAAGCGAUGGAAGCUCAUGGAACCCAAGCAGACCCAGCCGGGGAUGCUCGAGAAAAUGACCCUUGUGGACUCUGAUGCUGCUGCUGCAGGAAAGGAGGGUCAAGAUGCAGCCUACACGGACCUGAGCCUGUCAGCAGCACCAGACAAGCUCCAACCGGACAGGCCUCUGGCCUGCAAGGCGUGCACAGAGCAAAGGCAGAAUACCUUCACAGAGCUGUCAUGCCUCCAGGAGAGGCCAGGGGACAUCCGGGCCCAGACAAGGAAGUCGGAGAACCCAGAAGGCCAGCUUGGCACUCAGCAGCUGCCCGUGAGUCUCCUCAGAGCCUCAGGUGAUGGCACAGUGUGCCCGGUAUGGCCAGGCGCAGCCCGGAGCGAGCAGAAAAGUGCUUUCAGAAAGCCAGCCAAGCGCCCAGCGGAGAAAUCUAAGUGCUCCCCCAUGCUUCUGGCUGUUGGAAGUGCAGACGACUCGUGGGAGCUCUCAGGACUCAUCACCACUGUGGACAUCCCAUAUUGGGCGCAUCUGUCAACUUUCAAAUUCAUGGGUGAUUUCUGGAAAUUGCACACAUUGUCACAGAACAUUCUACUCUGCAAUGCGUUCCAGGGGGCUCCUACACCAUGGCUGGAGCACACCCAGGUGCAAGCACUCACAUCCUCGGCAUCUUCUGCCACAGCCUCUCGGGCUCUCUUGCCGCCCACGCUCUCCUCCCUGGGCUUGUCUACUCAGAACUGGUGUGCCAAGUGCAACCUGGCCUUUCGUCUGACAGCUGACCUGGUCUUCCACAUGCGGUCCCAUCACAAAAGGGAGCAUGUGGGCCCCGAUCCACAUUCUAAGAAACGAAGAGAGGAAGUUCUCACUUGCCCCGUUUGCCAUGAGGACUUCCGGGAGCGUCACCAUCUUUCCAGGCAUAUGACUUCACAUAGUUAGCAUGUGGCAACGGAGAAAACUGAUGUCCAUAGUUUCCAGUAGGAAGUGGUAAGGCACAGGUGACUCCUGGCCUGUGCUAAGAAGGUUGUCAAAGACGUCUCCGAGACAUUCCUUUUGCUUCCCAGAGAUGAACAACUCAGUUAUAAUUCGUCACAUGUCCCAGUCCUUGUGUUUUCCUGGAAAAAUCAGGCAUUAAAAUGAUAAGCUUCACUCACGGGAUGGUAGGACCCAUGGCUCAGGGAACAGGGCUGCUCCUGACUCUGUCCCUGGUACUCUGCAAGGAAGCACACAAGCAUGACACCCUCGGCUUUGCUGGCAAGCAGGCCUGCAUUCAACUUGGGCUUCCACUGUGAGCCCUGACCUUGGACAUGCUCCUUCAACUCGGUGACCCUCCGUUUUCUUGUUUUGAAAGUGGUGUGAUCGCAGGAUGUCAUCAGAGUACUGAGGAAGGUGUUGUUUGGAUAGUGGCCGGCUUGCUCCCCAGUGCAAUGUGAGCAGAAAUCGUACGGAUCAUUGCUUGCACUAGCCAGCUACUUUAUUCCUGAAAUCUCAGGGGUGAACAAACAUCGUGUUUCUCUGCAAUAAGACUGGAGGUAGCGUGGCUUGGUGGACUCGGCUCAGGCUGCGUUGAAAUCUAGGCCCUUUUGCUGCUGGAUCAUUAUGCUGGAUAUGGCAAAGUCAGAGUGCAAAAUGCCCAGAAAAUGGGUCACAAGCCCAAGUUUCCCUGGGCCAACACAAAUCCAGGCCUAAAGUGGCUGAGUGGACAAGUGGUCUGGCUUAAACCAUAACGAAGGAGUGGGGGCUAGUAACUCCACCCCCCUGUUCUCUGGGUCUUCACACCAUGAAUGCGUGAGAAGAGAGAAACAGACACUUAUUCUGCAUGACCUCCAGGUGCCACCCUUCCUUGAGGUUCUGAGUAGGGCAGGAAAGAGCAACUGGAGAACACUCAGAAUGAGGUACCCAGGAAGUACUUCAUACCCUAUCAUCUACCCCCCAAAACGCUGCAGGACAUAGACAGUGAAUUGUCAUCCUACUGCAGAGGAAUUUAAACUUGGAAAUGUUAAUGACUUUCCCAGUGCCACUUAGUCAGGAGCACUGGCAGAAGAACAAAAUCCCAUGAACCCCCAGAUCUGAGCUCAUGUCUUGUUCAGCCUCUGCAUGUCUGCUUAGCUAGCAUGGUCACGGAGCAUACUGAGGAACUUAGAGGCUGGUCUCCUUACGUUCGAUUUCAACUUAACCUUGCUACUUUGCAUGAUGCACACAUGCUCAUGCAUGUGCAUGUGCUUGCACACACACACACACACACACACACACACACACACACACACACACACACCACUCUUCUCUUGAGCACUUUCCUCCAUCCUGUAUACUAAAUAGCCUAUCAAUCUAUUCUGUUCACUGUAGCUCUCCUCACAGGAAUGAAAGGGAGUUUUUGGCAUAGUUCCGUCAUCUAGAACAACGCAGACAUACAGUAUCUGUUGAAAGAAAGAAUAAACGUAUAAGUUAAUGAAUGAAU